AUGGCCGUCGCUCCGUCCCAGGUGCGCCAGAACUACCACCCCGACUGCGAGGCCGGCGUCAACCGCUACAUCAACCUGGAGCUGUACGCCUCCUACGUGUACCUCUCCAUGGCCUUCUACUUCGACCGGGACGACGUGGCCCUGAAGCACUUCGCCCGCUACUUCCUGCGCCAGUCGCAUGACGAGAGAGAACACGCCGAGAAGCUGAUGCAGCUGCAGAACGAGCGCGGGGGCCGCGUCUGCCUUCGCGACGUCAAGAAGCCCAACAGCGACGACUGGGUCAAUGCCCUGGAGGCCAUGGAGUGCGCCUUCCAGCUGGAGAAGAGUGUCAACCAGAACCUGCUCCACCUGCACCGGCUGGCCUGCUACAAGGGCGACCCGCAGCUCUGCAGCUUCCUGGAGACCCACUUUCUGCACCAUCAAGUGAAGACCCUGAAGGAGCUGGUUGGCUACCUCACCGACCUGGGCAGCCUGGGGGCCCCGGAAGCCGGCCUGGCUGACUACACCUUUGACAAGCUCACCCUGGGCGGCAGCGACCAGGAGAACUGA